CCUCAUUCCUCUCUAGAUUCGUUCACUUCUUGAUCUCAUCCAUGGCUACUACUACUACUCAUGAUCGUCUUCCCCACCAGGUCCAAGUCCACACCGUCCAACACGGCCGAUACGACCCCACCGGCGAAAAGGCACUCCUCGUUCCUUAUCCACCAGCACCGUCAAAGGGGAAAAUCCUGGCCGUCGUGGCCUUACUUCCGGUGGGUGCAGGUCUACUUGGUCUCGCCGGAAUCACCCUAGUGGGUACCUUGAUCGGGAUGGCUGUUGCCACCCCACUUUUCAUCCUUUUCAGCCCGAUUAUCGUGCCGGCGAUCUUAACCAUCGGAAUGGCGGUGGUAGGGUUUCUGACGUCCGGCACCUUUGGGUUGACGGGGCUGAGCUCGUUGUCUUUCUUGGUGAACUUUGUGAGGCAGUUGACAGGGACGGUGCCGGACUCGAUCGACUCUGCGAGGCGGCGGAUGCAGGAUCUGGUAGAGUAUACGGGACAGAAGACGAAGGAGGUGGGUCAGAGCAUCAAGGAGGUCGGUCAUGAAAUGGGACCGGAGGGUCAAGUUCAUGGUGGCGCAGGUGGUCAAAUUAGUGUAGGUGGUCAAGUUCAUGUUGGUGGUGGUGCUGGUGCUGGUGCUGGUGCAGGUGCAAAGGAAGGACGUGGUGGAAGGACUUAGGGAAGGAAGCAAGUGUGGAUGAUGGUUGAAAUUAAUAAAUGUUUUUAAAUUAUAAUUACUGGUGGGAAGAGAAAAAAAGAAAAAGGAAAAAAAAGAGAGUAGUGUUUGUACUUUUGAUUAUGAAUGUGGCCUUUCCUUAAAUAGUAGGUUUUGGUGUGUUGUUGGGAGUUUUGGGAGAAUAAAUGAUUUUGGA